AUGUACGAACCUAUCGCAAUAGUUGGCACAGCGUGUCGAUUUCCCGGUGGAGCCAGCACACCCUCCAGGUUGUGGGAUCUCUUGAAGGCGCCAAGGGAUGUUUUGAAAGAGUUCACGCCUUCUGAAGGACCAGCGCGAAUGAGCUCGAAAGGGUUCUUCCAUGAGAACAGCGACUUGCGGGGGCGUUCCAAUGUCAAGCACAGGUCGUACCUGCUAGAAGAGAAUGUGGCACACUUCGAUGAUGGCUUCUUUGGCAUCAAUCCCAAGGAAGCUGCCGAAAUGGAUCCCCAACAGAGGAUACUUUUGGAAGUCGUUUAUGAGGCAUUUGAAUCUGCUGGGCUAUCUCUACACGAUAUCAACGGCUCCCGGACGUCUGUCCAUGUCGGGGUGAUGACGGAGGACUAUCUCCUUGUCCAGGCUCGUGAUCCUGAUACGCUUGGUGGCCACCUGGUUACUGGCUUGUCUCGGGCAGUCCUGGCUAACCGCUUGUCUCAUGCAUUCAAUCUACAAGGACCGUCGCUCGCGAUCGAUACUGCCUGUUCGAGCUCCCUUGUUGCGUUGCAUCUGGCAGCGCAAGGCUUGCAACGAGGCGAAGCCACCCAUGCUGUCGUGGCGGGGACCAACCUGCUUGUGGAUUCGUCAUGGUACAUCAUGGAAUCGUCUUUGCACAUGCUUUCAGAAGAUGCACGCUGCCGAAUGUGGGAUAAGAACGCAAAAGGAUACGCUCGAGGCGAAGGUGUGGCCGCAGUAGUGUUGAAAACACUUGCUCAGGCUAUCCAAGACAACGACCAUGUUGAAUGCGUCAUCAGAGCGACUGGGAUGAGCAGCGACGGGGCAGGUAACGACGCUGGGCUUACAGUGCCAUCCCCAACAGCACAGACUUCGAUGAUUGCCCAAACAUACCGUGAAGCUGGCCUGGAUCCGGCUGUCGAUCGUUGCCAGUACUUUGAAGCUCACGGUACUGGCACUCAGGCUGGCGAUCCUGCAGAAGCUCAAGCGAUUCACGACGCAUUCUUCAGCGGUGCGGGUAGUACCAAGAUCGACCAACUCUACUGCGGGUCUAUCAAAACGAUUAUUGGCCAUACGGAAGGCUGCGCUGGGAUUGCCGGGCUGAUCAAAGCCUCGUUGGCGGUUCAAAACAAGUCGAUACCCCCAAACAUGCACUUCACCCAACUGAAUCCAAAGAUCCAGCCCUUUUACAAGCAUCUAACCGUACCGACGUCUCUGCUUCCUUGGCCCGAAGUCAAAGGACCACGAAGAGCAAGCAUCAAUUCAUUUGGGUUUGGCGGUACCAACGCUCACGCCAUCAUCGAGAGCUACGAACACUCGAACAGUGCUACCUUGCCGCCGGUCACUGUCGGCUCGAAUGAAGAGCAUGCAGAGCCCAAUCCACUUGCAAAAAACGUGACUGGACCAUUCGUUUUCUCCGCCAGGAACAAGAGCUCAGCCUUGCAUUGGCUCUAUCAGCUGCUUGACGUUUUACAGAACGACGAGGCUCUCGAUUUUGAGUCGCUCAGCUAUACGUUGCAGUGUAGGCGAUCAGAAUUUCGAUUCCGCACAACCAUUGCCAGCGCUACCGACCGUGAAGACCUCAUUGAGCAGCUGGAGGACCAGCUCGCCCUCAUUAUUACUUCUCAGGAUGAAGCUACCUCUGCCAACAGUGCACCUAGAAGCGAUGGAGCGCCUUCCGUCUUUGGUGUUUUCACUGGCCAGGGUGCCCAAGCAGCAAAAAUGGGCUAUGCGCUAUCAAAACAUUGCAAAACAUUCAGAGACUCGAUGGCAAGUUGCGAAUCUGUUCUGGCGUCCCUCCCAAGCCCCCCAGCCUGGUCUUUGACUCAAGAACCAUGUUUGGGAUCAGAAGAAUCACGCAUUUCCCAAUCGCAGUACUCUCAACCCAUCUGCACGGCGGUUCAGAUUGCGUUGGUCGACCUACUACGUGUCUGUGGCAUCCAAUUCCGAGCUGUUGUCGGCCACUCGUCAGGGGAAAUCGGAGCCGCAUAUGCAGCUGGCGUUCUGAGCCGGAGGGACGCCAUGGGGAUUGCGUACUAUCGGGGCCUCGUCACACGUCUAGCGCAAGGCCCAACAGGGAAGUCUGGAUCUAUGAUGGCCGCGUCUAUGUCCUACAGCGCUGCCAUGGAACUGUGUUCCCAGUCCACGUUCCAGAGACGAGUGGCUGUUGCAGCAAGCAACUCCCCCAGCAGUGUGACGUUUUCCGGAGAUCACGACGCCAUUUUGGAAAUGAAGGAACUGCUCGAUGGGCAGCAGAUCGUUGCUCGAGCGCUCCAAGUCGAUACAGCCUACCACUCGCAUCAUAUGCAAGCCUGCGUGGAGAUUUAUCUGAAGCACCUCAAGGAGCUACACAUCUGUGUCCAAAGACCAGCUGACGGUCAAGAAUGUGCGUGGUAUUCCAGCGUUAUGCGAAGUACAAAUUUGUGUAAUCAUUUGCACUCUGCGCAACUUGAAGACCAGUACUGGGUCGACAACCUUACUCACACUGUCUUGUUCUCGAAGGCCGUGGAAGCGGCUUUGGAGGCCAACGGUGCUGCUCUUACUUUCGCCAUCGAAUGUGGACCACACGCCACCUUGCGAGGCCCAGUCAGCCAAACCUCGAAGCAGUCUCUAUCGCAAGACUACUCACUGCCGUAUGCAUCUUGUCUCAGCCGUGGAAAGAAUGCAAUGGAGACGUUUGCAGAAAUGCUUGCCUCGCUAUGGAAGAUAAAGCCUUCUUUGGUCCAUUUCCCAGGAUGGCGUGCUGCUCGCGGCCUGCUAGAGCGUGAGCCACCCCUGAAAGGUCUUCCUCCCUACGCCUGGACUCAUACUCAGGAGCACUGGCGAGAAUCUCGAGUGGUUCGCAGUUAUCGUAUGAAUCCGCACGCACCACACGACAUACUCGGACGACUUAUGAGGGAGUCGAAAUACGAGCACCAAUGGCGAAACACAUUCCGCCUUAGCGAGAUGCCUUGGGUUGCAGGACAUGUCUUCCAGGGCCAGGUUUUGUUUCCUGCCACAGGCUACAUUGCCCUGGCUGUUGAUGCGGCGAAGACGUUUGUCGGACACCAGCCGAUCCGAUUCGUCGAGGUGACCAAUCUGACCAUCCCUACGGCUUUGCCCAUUGGCGAGGGAGAGGAUGUGGAAGUACUCUUUACUAUUCGGUCAGCAGCAUUGCUCGCUGAGCCUGGUUCUGUCGUCCAGGCAGAGUUCGCAUGUUACAGCUUCCCCAAUGGCUCUCAAGAUGCUGAUCAGAACUGCACUGGUUCUAUAGCCAUUCACCUCGGAGUUGCCAGUCCGACAGACCUGCCUCCCACCUUGAUUUCUGACGUCGAGAUCAUCCCAGCCAAUAUCGAUCGGUUUUAUAAGGCUGCGCUUGAGAUUGGCUUUGGCUAUCAGAACGCUUUUCGCUCAUUACGAAAGCUCUGGAAGACCUGGGGUCAUGCAAAGGCGACCGCUUCAUGGAUGUGGGAUGAUCCUGAUAUGCAGCUAUCUUGCACACUUCACCCAGCUAUUCUGGACAAUGCGCUGCAGGUUGGCCUGGCGACGAUUUUAUCUACUGCCGAGAACUCCAUGCACAGCCCCUAUCUUCCUGUGGGCGUGAAACGAGCGGUCAUCAACCUCAACACGGACUUGAAGCAACAUUGCACGAUUGAAGCGAUCCUCACGAGUCCACAAGUCGGUCUCGGCUCUCGUAUUGAAGUCGACAUCAAUACCAGGCAUUCGAAUAGUCCUGCCGAUAUCUGUGCAAUACAAAUGGAAGGUGUGGCCUUCCGGGCCAUUGCAGAGGCACGACCGUCUGAAGACCGCAACAUUCUCGCAAAGACCGUCUUGGCCCACGAUGCGUUGUAUGGCCUUAUCGCCAUGUCUCCAUGCCAGGAGAAAGCUCUUGGGAAUCCUCUUCCGUACAGUCCGGAAGAGUAUGAGCGUGUUGCACUGUUCUAUCUUGCACGUCUCAGUCGUGCUGUGGGAGCUAGGGAGUUUGAUGCCCUUCAACCAGGUCAUCAUCAGUUCAUUCGAAGUAUCCGAGACGUUCUCAAGGACAUUGGAGAGACUAGUCACCUUCCAUUCAUCCCCGUUGAGUGGCUGGACGAUCAAGAAGAUACCAUUCUCAAUCUUCUCCAGCGGGACCCGGGCGAUGUUGACAUGAGGAGUCUGGCUUCAAGUGCAGAGACCAACAUGCGUCUCCUUACUGGCGCAGCCAAUCUGACAGUGACCUGCGGCUUCCAAGAGACGAGAUGGAGCAGUGCUUGCAGGCAGACCGUAGCUCAGUCCGUCCUUGGAAUCACCCACACGCAUCCCAGGACAAAUAUUCUCCAUAUGUGUGACCAUGACGCUACUCCUGUCAUCGAGGUUCUCGACAACAUUGGCGAUGCGUAUCAGUCUUACACAUGUGCUAAUCCAUCACAGGAGGUUGUAAAUCACGCAAGAGAGACGGUCGACAAACACGGUGUUACGGCAGAGCGUGUUUCGUUCGAGAUACUCGACAAAGAGGCUUGGAAAGAGCGUCCGCCUUUUGAUGUCGUUGUAGUAACCGAGCUGGCGCGGGCUGGGCAGAAUCUUACGGAGAGUGUCCAAUAUAUACGACGCCUUUUACGGCCUGGUGGCUUUCUAAUCUCCGUGGAAAUGACAGGCCCCUCCCUUCGUCCUUUGGCAAUAAUGGGCGGCUUCGAAGAAUACUGGGGCGAAGGCGGUCUUGGGGCUGCUUUGACGACUGGACAAUGGGACAACCUACUUUCCAACAGCGGAUCUUCGGGCAUCACUACUGCAGCUUAUGACUCGCCUAUGGUUGACAUGCAUGGCUAUUCUGUGUUUUCCUCGCAGGCCACUGACGAUCAGCUCGAGAUACUCCGCAAUCCGCUGGCAUUUCUACCAGCCAUCCGUCAAUCUCCGUUGGUUCUGAUUGGGGGUCAAACUGGUCAAGUUGCGUCUAUGAUUCGAGGAGCCAUGCAGGUUCUCCGACAACACUCAUCUGACAUUCAAGUGUGGGGCAGUCUAGAUGCCAUGGACGUCUCUCGACUGCCUGAAAAUUGCUCAGUUCUCUGCUUGCAAGAUCUCGACAAGCCUCUCUGGUCGUCUCCGCCAUCGGUCGAACAGGUGGAACAUCUUAAGGGGCUCCUCAGCACUGCCCGCAAUCUUCUGUGGGUUACCGCAAACCGUUUGGUCAAAGAUCCGGCUGCAAACAUCAUGGUCGGGGUUGGGCGAGCACUGGCUCACGAGCACUUCAACCUUAGGCUCCAAUUUCUUGACUUUGAUGAAGAGGAAAAGUGGGAUCUUCACACUCUCCUCACACAGCUUCUCCGACUGAUCCAUUCUGACAAUGAGUCCACCGAAGCGAUGCUUUGGGUGAGAGAGCCUGAGAUUGUUGUCCGAGAGGGACGGCUGAUGACACCACGGUUAACAUCGGAUCCCGCCCAGAACGAAGUGCACAAUGCCGGUCGGCGUCUUGUAGUCAAAGACGUGGAACCAAACGAGCAUGUGGAGCUCAUUGACGGAUCUGAGUCUUCGCCAGGGAGGAAGCUGUGGUGCAGCCGCUCACCUGACAUCGGCGACGAUCACAUUCCAAUGGAAGUGAGGCUAUCCAUUGCCCUGCAUCUCCCCGGCGAAGCUCCAUGCUAUCUGUCGUGUGGUACAGUGGCGGAUGCAAACAGUAACUCCGCAGCGUAUGCCCUGACAGACUCAGACUCCUCGCAGGUGUCAGUCCGCAGAGAUUCUGCCAUCCGUCUUGAGGAUGAGCUAGGCUUUGACCUAAUAGUUCUCGCGAAAUUGGUAACGCUUUUUCUAGCAAGCACUCUCGUCUCGAGAAUGCCUAGCGUUAGAUCUAGCCUCGUAUACGGUGCGUCUAGUAGCCUAAUCUAA